AUUCAUCAGUUGUUAAGUUAAGUUAAUCAGCUUUCAAUUGAAUUCAAUUCACAUCACACGAAACACAUCACCACCACCCAGACUAAUUGUUGUUUGACAAAUUGAUUGAGAAAUGUAUAAUUUUCGAUGAAAUCUAUUCUAUUUUGGUUGGUCGUACAAAAACAAAACAAUGUCAUUAUCAUCGUCCAAUUGGAACAAUGUAAUUUCGAUCAUCUUACAGAUAUUAUUAUCGGUGCAAAUAAUAUCCUGCCAAAAUAUCGGAAUACAUGAACUUAGUCAUGAUUAUAAUUUGAAAAAAAUCAAUGUCCAAAAUGUACAGAAUAUUAUAUCAUCAUUAGAUCAAUCGAUUAAUUAUCAAUAUCGUUAUCAACCAAUACCAAAUACAACGGUCACAUAUUUUCUAGCCAAACCAUGGCGUUUACGUUUACGUGAAUUUCAUGAUCAAACUAAUUAUGUUCGAAUUCUAUAUCGACAAACACAGAUUCGUUUCGAUCAUAUUCGUCAAACACAUGAAGGUCUAUAUAGUUUAUAUCAAUUCUUUUUUCAACAAUCAUCAAAUCCCAAUGACGAUGAUAAUGAUAAUGAUAAUGAUAAUGAUAAUGAUUACCAGCAACAAUUAUCGUCGUCAAACCAUUAUGGUCGCUUAGUACAUUAUCAACGUCGUGAUUUCAAUCUAGUCGUACAAGGUCUCAAAAAAGAACGAACAUUCUGCCGAGAAAAUGGCGAAUGCGAAAGUGGUUCAUGUCCGUCAUUUUUUUGUGCUUGUAAUCGCCAAACACCAGUAUGGCAUGAAAGUGCUCAAAUCUGUUUGGAAAGCCGAAACAUUAACGAUACAUGUGUUGAUGAUAUUGAAUGUCAAUGGAAUGGUGGUCCGCAAUCGGAAUGCUAUAAUCAUCAUGAUCAAUGGUCUCGUUGUCGAUGUCGAACAUCAUCGGUUGCCAUUAAAAUUUCUAGCACACAAUACCAUUGUGUUCAAUUGGCUGAAUUAGGACAUGGAUGUAUCUUUUCGAAGCAAUGUUCAUUGUUGGGUGAAAAUCGUUACUGUAAUGGUAGCUAUCGUUGCGAUUGCCUUCCCGGUUAUCAUUCACAUCAUCAACAUUGUAUUUCAUCCUCAUCAUCAUCAACCAAACAAAUCAAUCGACUGCCAAUAUUUAUUCUAUCAUCAUUCUUAAUACUGAUUGUUUAUUUUGGAUAAAAUCAAUUAAUUAAAUUUUAAAAAUAGCGCAUCAAUUUCAUUUAUGUUCGUCGUUUAUGA